AUGGCUCCUGAUAUUCUUCGCGAUAGUGUCUUUGGGUUCAUCAUAAACAAGCUGUCUGGGGGUAAGAUCUUGCCUUUCCCAGAAGAAAAACGCGACUUUGUGGUUCCUGAAAUGUAUCUUGUUAAACAAAACUCUGAUGAAAAAACAUUCAUAGUUGACUGGUACGGUCCUGAGGAUCCAGCAAACCCCAAAAACUGGUCCAUUUACAAAAAAUCAUGGAUCGUUUUUCAAAUCUCCUUCCUCACUAUCGUCAUGUACAUGGCCUCCUCCAUUUUUGUUUCUGGAUCUUCCCAAAUGAUGAAAGAUCUUAAUACUUCAAGAGUCAAAGCUACACUUCCUCUUACUACUUAUCUUCUUGGUUUUGGUUUUGCCCCCAUGAUUCUCUCGCCUAUGUCUGAACAUGCUCCUAUUGGUCGCAGUAUAAUUUAUGUUACUGCUAUUGCCUUUUUCUGUGUCAUUCAAGUUCCUACUGCCCUGGUUCAUACCAUUGAGAAAAUCAUUGGUCUCCGUCUUCUUGCAGGAAUUGCUUCUGCCCCCUCUCUUGCAAUUGGUGGUGCCACCAUUGGUGAUACUGUCUCUCUUAGACAUGUCCCUUAUGCCAUUGUAUUUUGGUCUGCUGGUGCAAUUGGAGGCCCUGCUUUGGGACCCUUCAUUGGCUCUCUUUUUGCUGCUCUUGUGAACUGGCGCUGGAACUUUUGGUUUCUUUGUAUCAUUUCUGGUGCUUGUUUAUUGGCCUAUGCGCUCUUUCUUCCAGAAACUAGUCGAGGAACUAUUCUCCAUCGACGUGCCUUGCGCCUUCGUAAACUUACUGGGAACCCAUUGAUCCAGUCACCUUAUGAAGUCCACGAAAAAACAACUUUUAAAAAACUUGUCAUUGAAAUUUUUUGGCGCCCUAUUUUCCUCAUCAUUUGUGAACCCAUUGUUUUUUGCAUAGAUUUCUACAUGGCCUUUAUCUAUGUCAUUUUCAACUCCUGGUUUGAAGCUUUACCAAUCUGCUUUGUUGAGAUUUAUAACUUUACCACCAUUGAAAUGGGCACAGUCUAUUUUGCCGUAAUUGUAGGUGGGUAUUUAGCUGCCAUUGUAUAUCUCUUCAUUAUUCCCCGGAUCAACAAUUCCAAAAAUCCAACCAUUGAGAAGUUCUUGUUGCCUGCAAUUUUUGGUUCCUUUUUCCUUCCCAUUGGUCUUUUUAUUUUUUCUUGGAGUUCAAGUCCACAUACUCACUGGAUGGGUCCCAUCAUGAGUAUUGGCAUCUUUACCUUUGGAGCUUUUUUCAUUUUCCAGUCUCUUUUUUCCUACUUUGGCAAGGGCUUCCAUCGCUAUUUAGCUUCUGUUUUUGCAGGUAAUGCUCUUUUGCGUUCAAUUCUUGCAGCUGUUUUCCCACUUUUUACUCCACCCAUGUAUCACAAUUUGGCUAUUAAAAGAUAUCCUGUAGCAUGGGGUGGUACUAUUUGGGCAUGUGUGGGAACUCUACUUAUUGCAAUUCCCUUUUUCUUGUACAAUUUUGGUGUCCAAUUGCGAGGCAGAUCAAAGUACGCAAAUUGA